AUGAGCAGGAACAGAGUGUUGGUGGUCGGAGGCACAGGCUACUUAGGUCAGCACCUAUUGCAAGGCCUUUCAGAGAUCAAAGAAACAACUCCUUCCUACGAUCUAGCAUUCACUUACCACUCAACUCCUCCUCCUCAGGCCUUGGUCGACGCCAUUCCUCACAGUUUCCCUUUCCAUGUCGAUUUGCGGACUGGUCAUGGGUUCGAUGCCAUCUCACAAACAUUUGGCCAGGUUAAAGAUAUGCACAUAUUUUGCUGGGAUAUCAUCAGUCUUAGUUCAAAAUUUGUUGGGAAUGUGGGCAUUGGUUUGGUUAGCGUUUGGAAUGUACUAUUCUUCACUUUCCUGACAAUUGGUUGGUAUAAAUGCAUUUGA